AUGUCGUCUUACGAUGGAUCGCGCUCGGCGCGCCAGUCCAAGCGGUACUCCAUGUCCGCGCUGUACAUGUCAAUGUCGGCAAAUGAGGGCGAAAUGCAAAUCGAGGAUGAUCUUGCCAAAGCUCAGAAAAUACUGCGGGAUCUAAAGACUAAAAUUUCUUCGCAAUCGAAGAAGAACUUUGUUCUUGAAAAAGAUGUGCGAUAUUUAGAUUCAAGAAUUGCCCUGCUCAUUCAAAACCGCAUGGCUCUUGAAGAGCAAAACGAAGUCGCCAGUCAUCUCGAAGAUGCUACUGAAGUCCAGGAAGGUGUCUUCCCCAAUGAUGAUAAGACGCAGAAAUACGGCAACUUGUUGUUUCUUUUGCAGUCUGAGCCUAGACACAUUGCACAUCUCUGCAGAUUGGUGUCAAUGGCUGAAAUAGACUCCCUGCUGCAAACAGUCAUGUUCACCAUUUACGGAAAUCAGUAUGAAAGCCGUGAAGAGCACCUCCUGCUCACCAUGUUUCAGUCUGUCCUUACCUAUCAAUUUGACAACACGCCUGAUUAUUCCUCCUUGCUUCGAGCCAACACCCCUGUGUCCCGGAUGAUGACGACUUACACCCGCCGUGGCCCUGGACAAAGUUUCCUGAAAACAGUGUUGGCUGACCGAAUCAACAGCCUCAUUGAGUUGAAAGACCUAGAUUUGGAAAUCAACCCUCUCAAGGUUUACGAGCGUAUGCUGGAACAGAUUGAAGAGGACACCGGCACCCUCCCUGCCAAUCUGCCCAAAGGCAUUACCGGCGAGCAGGCUGCCGAAAACCCACAAGUGCAGGCCAUCAUUGAACCUCGCCUUACUAUGCUUACCGAAAUUGCCAAUGGGUUCUUGAGCACUAUCAUCGAAGGGUUAGAGGAAGCUCCUUACGGUAUUCGGUGGAUUUGCAAGCAAAUCAGAAGCUUGACGAAGCGUAAAUACCCCGAUGCCAAUGAUCAGGUCAUCUGCACGUUGAUCGGUGGCUUCUUUUUCUUGAGAUUUAUUAACCCUGCGAUUGUUACUCCCAAAUCCUACAUGCUCAUUGACGGCACCCCUGCCGAACGCCCCAGACGAACUCUCACGCUGAUUGCAAAGAUGCUUCAAAACCUUGCAAACAAGCCGUCGUACGCCAAGGAACCAUACAUGGCAAAACUCCAGCCAUUCAUUCACCAGAACAAGGACAGAAUCAACAAGUUCAUGCUUGACCUCUGCGAAGUCAGUGACUUUUAUGAGAGUUUGGAAAUGGACAACUAUGUUGCUCUGUCAAAGAAGGAUCUUGAGUUGGAUAUUACACUCAAUGAAAUUUAUGCCAUGCAUGGACUCAUCGACAAACACUACCAGGAGCUCUGCAAGGAUGAAAACUCGCACUUGGCUAUCAUAAUGUCCGAACUUGGCCCAUCCCCGGCCCAAGUACCACGCAAGGAGAAUCGAGUGAUUAAUCUACCAUUAUUCAGCAGGUGGGAGACUGCAAUCGAUGAUCUAACUGCGGCACUUGACAUCACACAAGAGGAAGUGUUCUUUAUGGAAGCCAAGUCCAUCUUUGUGCAGAUUUUACGAACCAUUCCACAGAGCAGCGCGGUAUUGCGACGCCCGUUGCGACUGGAGCGGGUUGCCGAUGCCGCAGCAACCAGCCGCAAUGACGCCGUGAUGGUCCGCAAAGGCAUUAGAGCCAUGGAGCUUCUCUCGCAGCUGCAGGAACUGGGUGUAAUAGACAAGAGCGAUCAGUUUGAUUUGCUGCGGGAUGAGGUGGAACAGGAACUCCAACAUCUCGGGUCAUUGAAAGAAGGCGUUAUUGCGGAGACGUCGAAGCUGGAAGAGGUGUACAAGACGAUUCGCGACCACAACACAUAUCUGGUUGGGCAGCUAGAGACAUACAAGAGCUAUCUGCACAAUGUACGAUCUCAGAGCGAGGGCACAAAGCGAAAGCAGCAGAAGCAGCAGGUGCUGGGACCCUACAAGUUCACACAUCAGCAGCUUGAAAAGGAGGGUGUGAUCCAGAAGAGCAAUGUCCCGGAUAACAGACGGGCCAACAUCUACUUUAACUUCACCAGCCCUCUCCCAGGUACAUUUGUUAUUUCACUCCACUACAAGGGUCGCAACCGAGGUCUUUUGGAACUCGAUCUUAAGCUGGACGAUUUACUGGAGAUGCAAAAGGACAACCAGGAUGAGCUCGAUCUGGAGUACGUGCAAUUCAACGUACCAAAAGUGCUUGCCUUGCUCAACAAGCGGUUUGCUCGAAAGAAAGGGUGGUAA